AUGGUAGAAGUCCCACGUCCAGAGAGAAGCCCCUUCGUUGUUCCUAGGAAACCGUUCCCCAAUUCCUCGUCACGUUAUGUCGCACCUCCACAAUCGCCCCGCUCUUCGAUGGAGACGUCCAGCCCUGAAACAAGGGCCAACGUUCCGUACGCAACGCCAACGGACAUCCAUCCAUCCGCUUCUCCGCGUACACAAGGCCAAGAAGCAAACGCAACAUCCCACACCUGCCCCGAAUGCCCGCUCAGCUUUCCCACAGCAGGCCAACGCAACAAGCACGUAAAUCGGAAGCACCGGCGGCGCUACAUCUGCCCCAUAUCCAGCUGUCAGAAGGCCUUUUCGCUCAAUGCGGAUAUGGAACGACACAAGAAGACCGUCCAUAAGGAGCUCUUCAGCUUCAGCGACUCGAUGCUGAAGUGCCCGCUUUCGAAGUGCAAGACACCUGAGAAAUUGUACUCGAGGAAGGAUAAUCUGGACCGACAUGUCAAGAGGUGUUUUGCCAGUGCGAAGAUGGAGAAGGGGAAGGGGAAGGCUGGGUGA